AUGGGUAAAAACGCGAAAAUUCUAUCAGCAUUAUUGACAUUUUUGUUUGCUGUUGUCUUUGCAUUUGCACAGUAUGACUCGGAUACGGUAGGAUUUUUUUUGGAAAAAUAUUCACUGAAAAAUCUAGUCUGUUAUCUAGAUCUUGCAAAUUAAUUUUAGAUUUCACUUGAAUAAGUUCAAAAGAAAAAAAUUAAAACCUCAAAGGUCAAGAUGAAAUCAUUUUCAAAACAAUAAUCAAAUAUCAAAAUUAAAAAUCAAUUUUUUAGCCGGGGAAACCGUGCAGCUCAUCAUUUCAUUGUUGGAGGUCCGAACCAGUUAAUAAAUUUGGCGAACCAGCAAGUUUAGAUGGAAAUCGAAUGAAAAGAUUGGACGUUGGAUCAAAAGUUGGAAAAGGAGGUAAGACAUCAGAAAUUGAAAUAUCAAACAUCGGAAUUUUUCCGAAAAUGACGUACUUACGCUAAAUGAUAUACUAUUAUUAGAUAAAUAGUACAAUAUGUUUUUUGCAGGUCGUUGUCGAUGUGUCGAUGGUUCGUGUUCACUUUAUCAUCAAAUAUCUUCAACUUUUAUUCCAUGCGAAGAAUUCUAA